CCUCCGAGAGGGAUGCAACCUGGCCCCGCUGCUGUUCAACUUGUUCUUUGCCGUGGUGCUCAUGGUCGCCGUGGCCGAGUUCGACAAGGACCCCAAGGUGACGGCGGACAUGGUCAAGAUCGGGACCCAAGUGGAGUACAUGAGCAAGAAGGGCAGGUCGGUGGGGAAGAAGACGACCGUGGUGACGGACGCGGAGGGUCUGUGGGCCAUGCUCUACGCUGACGACGCGGCCAUCGUCUCGCGCUCGCCGGAGAGUCUCGAGAAGAUGAUGUCGGUCAUCGUUCGCGUGGCCGGUCUAUUCGGACUGAUGAUAUCGGAGCCAAAGACGGAGAUCAUGUGCAUGCUACCGAAAGGGAUCGAGGAAUGCCCGUUCACGAUGAUGUCGGUCAUCGUUCGCGUGGCCGGUCUAUUCGGACUGAUGAUAUCGGAGCCAAAGACGGAGAUCAUGUGCAUGCUACCGAAAGGGAUCGAGGAAUGCCCGUUCACGGUCAGCGCCGCCGCCCAGACGUACGAGCAGACAGAUCGGUUUGUGUACCUCGAACGUACCAUCUCCGCGGACGGGAAGGCCGACCGGGAGAUCACGAGCCGCAGCUGCCGAGCGUGGAAGUGCUACCGCCGGAACAGUGCUUCGAUGUACGACAGGCGACGGGCCGACCGCCAGCUCAAGAUCCGGCUACUCCAGGCUGAAGUGGUGGAGACUCUCCUAUAUGGGUGCGCCUCGUGGAGCCUAACAGCGGAGCACUACACGAAGCCCAAGCGCAUGCUGUUAGGAGCGAUGGCGAGGGGCGUGGGAUGUUUGCGGCCUACGCCACUUAUUUAUCGGGUGAGACUGUUUCGGUGA